AUGGAUCAUAGACAAGCCACAUUUACUGUUAUCAAGGACCUAAUUAAGAACAAAAGUUCUUUAGCUAGUUCUGAAUUGUCAACUCUCAAAGAUAUAGUUCAUUUCAUUCGUGCUGAACAUGGUUUAAGUAUAUCUUACCAAAAAGCAUGGCAUGCUUGUGAGGCUGCGUCAGAUGAUAUUCGCGGAUCUCCUGAGAACUCCUACAAGAUGUUACCCAGAUUUGCAUACAUAUUAGAACUCAACAACCCAAGUUGUGUUAUUGAAUACAAAGUUGAUGUCGAUGGUAGAUUUCUUUACUUCUUCAUGGCAUUAUCUGCUUCCAUUUCUUGUUGGCAACAUUAUCGUCCACUCAUUUCUAUUGAUGGAACUAGUCUGAAGAAUAAGUACGAUGGUACUUUGUUAUCUGCUUCAACACCUAAUGCCAAUGAUCAGAUCUUUCCACUAGCUUUUUGUUUGAAGAGAAUUAUAGGUAGCCGGAAUGAUGUUGUCGUAGUAUUUGAUAGGCAUAAAAGUAUAUGCAAAGCUAUAGAGGUAGUAUUUUCCAACGUUUUACAUCGCAUCUGCCUUGUUCAUUUACUUAAGAAGCUCAAGUUGAAGUAUAAGAGAAUAGUGGAUUUCGUCCUUCAUUCAUAUGGGAAGGCCUUUAAUAUUGUAGAUUUUGAACAUGAAAUGCGUUUGUUGGAAUCUUCUGCCUCUGGUAUACGUAAGGAGCUUGAAUCCAUUUCUUUUGCUAAGUGGUCUCGUGCCUACUCACCACGUAGAAGAUAUAAUGUCAUGACCACUAAUAUAUUCGAGAAUUUGAAUUCUACUAUGUUGAAGGCUAGGGAGUUAUCAAUAUGUUCAAUGCUUAAGGUUUUGCGAAUAAUGUUGCAAAGAUGGUUUUUUGAACGAAGAAAUGAAGUUGAUUAUCAAAUGACUGAUUUUACGAAAACUAUUUAA